AUGAGAAGUCCCUCAGCGGCGGCAGCCAUUCCCAGGCGUGUCCAAGUGGCAGCAGGAGGGAGCUUCGGGCCAGGGGAGCUCCAAGGGAGGCGCUGUGCGCCCUUGGUUUCUGCGAUGGAGCGCUCUGAGCCUUCCUUUCUGGGAACGGUGCGAAUUCAAACUUGCGCCCUGCUCGUCCUCAUCCGACGGCUGCCUUCCUCGACGAGGACCUGCCGUCGAAGAGAGGAGGCCAAGGGGAGCCAACGGUUUUCGCCCGCUCAGCCGGGGAGCAAACGGAGGCCGUGGAUGACCCGGAUCGACGGCUGGCACCGCCUGCUGUGCGAGACCUCCGAGGUCAACAUCGGGACGCCCUCCGCUGCUGGGCGUGGGGCAUCGACGGAGGACGGAGGUUGCGGAGCCCACAGCGACACGGCCCGGCACCUUCCUCCGGGGACGCAACGUCCGGACGCCAUACAGCAGCUUCUCAAGUACGAGCCCGGGAAGUGGAACACGUUUAGCGAUACAUAUCCUCCCACGUCAGCUAACCUGUAA